AUGUCGUCCGAACAAGAUACGAUUGUGCAACAAGCAGUGGAACAUCUUAUUUGCCCAUCAGAAGGAUCUAUACGUAUUGCUACAAAAGCUGAUGCAGAAAGUCUCUUUCUCCUGAUUAAUAAGGCAUUUUUUCAAAUUAUUCGCAGGUUUAAGCGGGAAGCUUUUCAAAAUCGUAUGGAGACCGUCGAUGAGGUACAUAAACUAAUGGAGAAAGGUAUUUUUCUUAUUCUCACUGCAACUGAUCAUGAGCAAUCGAUAAUUCUCAAUGAUGGAUGUUUCAUAGUUGCAUGUAUCUUUAUGAAUCAUGCAGCUUUCGGUGAGCUACCUGUGGAAAUAGUUGAUGCCAAAUUAUCCCUCAAAAUCAACUUGCUGGCUGUACAUCCAGGAAUGGUCAGACGAGGCAUUGGUCAAUACAUGAUGCAAGCUGUCGAGAGCAUGGCCAAAAUAUUUCGAUAUACGCAUGUUUUUCUUCCAGUAGUUUCUGUAAACAAGCAUUUAGUUCAUAUGUACACCAAGUGGGGCUUCAAAAUCAUUGACACAAAAACAUUGGCUGACUGUGGCAUUGAUGCAGAAAAAUUCUCGGUUCCUUGUCAUAUGAUUAUGAUGGAGAAGGAGUUAUUAUAA